GAUAACUGUGCCUGAGCCUCCACUGUGGGGGGCCACUAGAAUGGAGGGGCUCCUGGAAGGGGGGCCCCUCAGCAGUGCGAACUGUAUGUGGCAGCAGCGGUCCUAACCGCCCUCGCCCCUCAGCAACCGCGCGACUGCCCAGCGACCAAUCACAGCCGAGCUCUCAGCUACUGGUACUGGAAACGUGAAUCUCAUUGGUUGUUACGUGCAGCGGCGGGAACGCCUCAUUCCCGCCAAAUUCUCCUCAGAGACACCCGCCGACCCCCAACACUGCUGCUCGUGCGCCAACAAACGACGCAGGACCCGAAUAUGGCGCAAGGAUUUGUGUUAGAACACCGGCUAUAACCCAACCCCAGAAAUGACGCGCCUCAGACGGCUUCGCGGUCUCCAUAGCGACCACACACACCGGAAGUACGCCGCUCCUCGGUAACAGCUGAUCGCUCCUGUCAAUCACCUGGGCGCGCAGCGCUCCCUGCGGCUCGUGAUUGGAGCAGAGGCCGGCGGGGCGGAGCCUGGCACCCGGAAGUGUCUCCGCGCUGGCUAUGGCGGGCUGUGUGCGGGACCCGUGCGGGCUCCUGUGUAUCCUGCUCACCUACCUGAGCCUGGGCUACGCCGACUACGUCGUCCUGCGGCACAUCCUGCUCCACAGCUUCUCCGGCAGCAUUUGGUGUCCGCUCCACGCGGUCGGCUUCAAUCUGGUGGUCUUCAUUAUGCUGGCCUGUCACACCCGUGCCGUCGUCUCAGACCCAGGAAUGGUCCCUUUACCGGAAACCGCCAUUGACUUUUCAGACUUGCGCUCCAGCACGCCGCGCAAAAGUGACCGGCAGGGUAACGAGGACUGGACCGUGUGCAACCGCUGCGAGACCUACCGCCCCCCACGGGCUCACCACUGCCGCAUCUGUCACCGCUGUGUGCGGAGGAUGGACCACCACUGCCCCUGGAUAAAUAACUGUGUUGGGGAAUUAAACCAGAAAUAUUUUAUCCAGUUCCUGUUUUACACAGGGCUGACUAGUCUUUACGCAAUGGGCUUAGUGCUGGCCACUUGGCUCUUGCCAUCCAAGAAGGGAUCAGUGGAGGAUGCAGAGAAGGCGGCCCCUGCUCACAGCCACGUCCAGAUAGUCCACUGCAUCCUCCUCCUCGUGGAGUCCCUGCUUUUUGGCCUCUUUGUCACGGUGAUCUUUUAUGAUCAGAUUGUGUCGAUCAUUACAGACGAGACGCCCAUCGAGCAGCUGAGGAACAGACUCCUGAAGGAUGCGAAUAAGGAGGUCAUCCACAGCCGCAAACCAAAGAUGGCGCUGCUGAGGGAGGUGUUCGGCAGAGGGUAUAUGAUCUGCUGGCUCUUCCCAUGUAACACCCCCCCAUCUUCCGGGGGUCCGGCGUACACCUACCUUCCUGACUAUGACGUAUAGGUCUCUCUGGAUGGAGUGUGCCCUUUCUCUAACAUCUGAGGUUGUGUCCUGGGUUCUAUUGACCGGCGCCGCUGCUCUCCACACUUGGGGUUCAGAAACUGCACUACGGAUCGUUGUUACAUGUGCUCUGCUGCCCUCCUGUGGUCAGUGUGCAGAAUGCACUGGUGACUUCUGAGAGUUUUAUUUGCCCUGUCAGAUUUUCUGACCUCCUGCUGUGGAGUGGAUUUUCUACGUUUUCAGGCCUGACAGACGUUUACUCGCUCAUGCUUUCAUUCUGUUAUGACGACACUCGCCAGUAGGGGCGCUCAUAUGCACUGGAUUUUUUUCUUUUUGUACUUUGUAUGUGUUACUUCAUUUUUUUAAAUCUCCUCUGUUCGGACACAUCUGUGGUUAUUACUGUCCAGGCGCCACCUUGUGGUUAUUACAGGUCGGUGCUCUGUGCCUCCUCUAUUCUUUACCCUGCAGCUCUGCUUUUUUAGCCCGUGAGGAGUAAAAGAAUAAUUAUGAUCUGAGAGGAGGAGCCUUGUCAAGGGGGUGGAACCUGGGCAUGUGUUAGUAUGGCCAUGCUAUAAUUAUACGAUGCCCUCCUUGAUGCCAGGCUGCUUGUCAUUAGGACCCUCCCCAGGUCUGUUUCUCCAGGUUCAGCCUGCAGGGUCUGAUCUCUGCUGCCCCCUGCAGGCUCAUCGCUGUGGUACAGUAUUCUCUGAAGUGGCCAGCAGAGGGCGCUCCUUUUGCACUUUCAGCAUGCUGUAAGAUUAUCCCUUGUGAGAGCCACGUAACCCGUCUCCUGCGGGAUAGAUGAGGGGCAGGCCAGCCGCGCACUACAACUCCCACCCUCCUCUACCAACCACUACUGCACGUCCAAUAGUCGUCUCUAUAUGUUAUCUAUGAUUGAGGAGUUCAUCGUUAUGGGUGUGGCACCGGGCUCUUACUGUACCAGUGCCAUGUGGGGAAUGGCACCGCAUAGCAGAGCUGCUGCAGCGUUGUGACGAUGUGGCAGUGAGGUGUUAUCCCUUAUAUUACUGCAGUAUUACCAGCUUCUACACCAAAGUAACCCCAUCAUCCUCCUCGCUCGCUGUAAGAUAUAUUUAUUGCUGUCGUCUCUUUUUACACUGUACACAAGGAACGCCCCCACUGGAAUUUUUGGGGUGAUGUUAAAUAAAACCAAUGAUCGUCUCUG